AAAAAUAAAACCACGAAGAAUACGCGUGACACUUUAAUGUGAUGCAAAAGAUGUUCGGUGAAGUAAGUUAAAGACCGUAACGUUCGAAGAAGACGAUAUGAAAGAGCAAUGGCGUCUCGAACGUGGAUGACAAGAUGUCGAGUGGGACGAAAAUGACAGCAGACGACCAAGCAGCCUCACAGUGAUUCCUUACGUGGGGUGUGCAGACUUUUUAUAUCCACUGCAGCACGCCCAAAGUCAGCUGGGACAGUCUCCAGCUCACCCACGGCUGUAAUGAGGAUACAAAAAUGGAUGGACAAAAAUGUCGAGGGCAGCACGGUGUGUGGAAAAAGUACUGUUGGUACAACAAUAGCUGGAAACGUGUGGGUGUUGGACCUCUUUCCCUGGAAAAGUACGCCGAGCACGGCGGAACGCCGUGAACAAGAAAGGGGAGGCUGUUUCAUCCAGAUCCGUCGCAACGUCCCAAAGGAGUCCGGGAAUUGCGGAGGGUUCAAGAGAGGUGCCGGCGAGACGGGACGGCAUCACUUGGAAGUCCCGCUCAGGUGGGCGCGCGUGGGACCAACGGGGCCAGUCUACUGCCAGCAGCGUAUUCCGGCUAAGAACCUUUCCGGCAAGCUCCCUAACUUGGCGACCCACAGCCGCCUCAUUUCCAUCCUGUCCCUGUGGAGGCCGAGCGCCGUGACUGAGCAGGUGCACGGCGGGCCGGGGGCAGAGGCGACGCUUGGAUGGCCCCCAACGGGGAUUCUCUCUGCCUCACUCUUUGGCAACGUCUCCACACGGCUUUGCACUGACGGAGGCGCAGCAACGUCGAAGGAAAGCUUUAUGGGUUCUUAUGAAGUUUGUCUGGGUGGGUCAAAAAAGAUUUCCCCUCAAAAGGUUGCAAAAGGAGGAGCCUGCCAGGGUGGUGGAGAUGGCGGAUCGGGCGACGCACCAAGAGGAACUGCACCAGGGUAAUCGGUACAUGCACAGACAAAUCAAAGAAAUGAUCAACACAUAAAUAAUAGCCCUUGUGUUUUUUUUUUUGUUUGUUUGUAUGUUUUCUGCCACGGAUGAGUCGGAUGGCACAAAAACCCAGCGGGUUGGGGUGCAGCAUGGGAAACGAGGCACCAACAUCCACUGGAUGAGGGUUGGUGGAGGAGACAUUGGCGAAAAAAGGCAACAAGCAGAACCAGGUGGUGGCCAGGAUGUGGAGGCUCCAAGAGGAUUUUGCAUGCUCUUAGUUCUGGCAGCGUGCAAGUCCUCAAGGAACUCAGGACUGAUUUCGAUGCAGUGUAGAACUGCCUCAGCAGCUCCCGUGGCAGGCCGUGCUUCCUCAGAAACCGCAGGAAGUACAUCCUCUGCUGGGCCUUUUUGAGGCUGGAGAUGUUGAUCUCCCCCUUCAGGUCCCGAGAGACUAAUUCCCAGGAAGUUGAAGGUCUCCCCCUUCAGGUCCUGAGAGACUAAUUCCCAGGAAGUUGAAGGUCUCGACAGUUGGGCAGCUGUGGGGAAGGAUGCCUCCUGAAGUCCACGAUCAUCUCUCCAGUCUUGAGCUUGUUCAGCUCCAGGUUGUAGGCUGCAGCACCGCUCUGGCCGCUCCACGUCGUCGAUCCGCAGACUCGUCAACGUCUUUGAGGCCGAUGGAUCGACGGGAACGCCAAUCUGCAUCCUCUUGCGGAGCGUCACUUGGAUGCCGGUGCGCUUCCCCCUUCUUUGCCUCCAUGCACCACAGAUCGCAGCUGCCCUCCCAGUGAGUCACUGAGGAGAAAAAUGAGCGGAUUUGCGAAAGUUGGAUGAACUCUCGGGAAGACUCCGUUUAGCAAGUCUUCCCUUGUCCUGGUCCGUGUUGAAGAACGGGUUGUGGUGCACUAUGGGAAACGAGGAACCAAGAUCCACGAGGACGAGGGUUUGGAGAUGAGCCGGAUGAAGGCCGGGCAAGGGAAGAUAAAGUUGACACACCAAUGGAACAGG